AUGGCCCCAGCCCCAUCCGUCUCUAACCCUGCGGUGGUUAUCCUCUCCCCUAAAGAGAGGAAGCCACUAAAUGCAGGACGUGUACGUGGAGAUAUCUCCGCGUUCACGGGCGUCACUAGUGACGUCAGAGAUAUACGGAUGUUGCCGUCAGGCAUUAUCCUAAUUCUCUGCGCCACCUUAGUGACGCUCAAGAAGGCGCUACUUGUAAACCAAGUAGACGGUACCCCCUGUACCGCGCGGCUAUCUAAGCGGCCCUUCAAUGCCCCUCCCAAGCCCCGAGCCAACCUCCGUAACGUGUCCCCCACCUCCAAAGGGGUUAUAUACCGCAUCCCUUUAACUACACCAACAACAAACCUCACGUCAAUUAAUAAUGUAAAAAAUGCAAGUAGGAUGUACAAUAAAACAAACAAAAACACAACAUCAAUCUUGCUAGAAUUUAAUUCUUCCACACUACCAAGGGAAGUAGUUUUCAAUCAAAUUACAUACCCUGUUACAAGAUUUAACGCUCCACGAACACAACAACAACACCGACAAAAACAAACCAAAACAAGCACAGGCCCUGAGACACACAUCAAACCCUCCUACACUAAUACGACAAAUACGUUACUAUACUCCGACAUUGUCAGAAACAAACACACAGAAACCACCAAAACACAACCCAAACACACAGGUGUAUAUGUCACGGCAGAAUUUUUAGGCAAAUUUUUACUUAUAGCCCGUGACACACACAUAACAGAUAGGGAAGCAAUCCACAAGGUUCGUGACCUCAUCAACAAACAAAAUGGACACGUGACCGCAGACAGUACACCCAUCAACACACCAACACAAUCUACACCCAAAUCAACACAAACAACACCAACAACACAGCCUUCACCACCAACAACACCGAUCCUAUUCACACAAACAACACCACAAACACAAACAACAGAAACAGAAACACAAACAGAAACACCGUCAGAACAUUUCAUACACCUACUUGACAGUUCCGAGGAGCUAGACAGCUCAACUAUAUCCAAACCCAGAACACCAAGAACACCGGUAGGUAUGGGUCGGUACAAAACACUACAAACAGACAAGACCCCCACAAACAAACAACAAACACCCUCACGACCAAACACAAGAUCAAGGGCCAAACAAACAAACACGCCAACAAGAACAGGGCACAGCAAACGCAAACUACAGUACAGAAACUACUAG